ACAGAUUUCAAAAAAGGCACGUGUUAAAUAAAACAAACGUAUUUUUAAUCUUAAAGUACAGUAAUAACAAGUCUAUGAAACUUUCUAUGAAGAAGAAUAAAGCUAAGUCAAUAUAAAAAUAAUUUCCAACCUCCUAACAAGAUCAAUCAACGUUGUUGGCUGUUUUAAAUAAUUGAAACACGUCAAUUUUCAUGCCAUUUUUAUAAGCGCGAGCUGCGGGGGGAAUAUUAAAAAAGGGGGUGAUGUUUUCGAUGGGCGAACACUAUAUAAAGGCUUUGCCUUUUGUUUUACUUCGCCAUUUCUAUGUCCAGCACUUCAACAAAGCGGUAUCUGAUAAUUUCCACAAUGCGACUGGUGACUCUAAUCGGACUGGCGCUGGUGGUGGCAUUAGCGGCAUCGGUCCACUGGUGCGAGGGUGCGAUGAUAGGCUCGCGGCUGGCUGAUGAUGAUGAGUACCGCGCGCGCCGGCUGUACCGCGAGUACGGCAUGCGGCGCGCACCUCGUGCUGACGAUUCAUUCGAUGACUACGGACAUCUUCGCUUCGGCCGCUCUGACGACUGACCCUUACGAUGCGCCAAUAAACGCCCGAGUUUCUAAUUGAAUUGUAUCGAAUAUGUAAACGAAAUGUCUAUGGCUGGUACGAUAUUUCGUUAUGUGUAGUUGUUGAAUAUAGUCAUAGAUAAAUAAUAGUUCGACCUGAAUAGCAGUACAAUUGAUCAAAUGGCAAUUUAUUUUAGUUGUAUUUUCGUUGUAAGAUGAAACUACUUUAA